ACCCUCUCUAUAAAUAUCCCUUGCGCCUACGCUCUUUCUUUCUCACAAAACCCUCAUACUCCUCACCGGACUCCGUUCACAGUCGGGGGGAAUAACGCAUUGAUCGGAAACCUAGUUUCGCCAACUUCAGAUCUUUCCUGAUAUCAAGAUGGUGUCGGACGCUAGCAAGAAAAGAGGAGCGCAGAAGAAGGCGGCUGCCGCUGCCAAGAGAGGCGGCAAAGCUGCGGCGGCUGCCACGUCGUCUAAGGCUGCGGCGGCGACGGCUGCGGAGAAUAGUAGCGUCGAUAAUUUGGCUAACGGAGUCGGGGAGCUUCAGAUAUCCGAUCGGACGUGCACUGGUGUUCUGUGUUCGCAUCCUCUGUCUAGAGAUAUUCGGAUUGAGUCUUUGUCCCUUACUUUCCAUGGGCAUGAUCUUAUCGUUGAUUCUGAACUGGAACUCAACUAUGGAAGACGUUAUGGAUUAUUGGGAUUGAAUGGUUGUGGUAAAUCCACUCUUCUCACUUCAAUAGGAUGCCGAGAACUACCCAUCCCAGAGCAUAUGGAUAUUUAUCACCUUUCUCGUGAGAUUGAAGCUUCUGACAUGUCUUCACUUCAGGCUGUCAUAAGUUGUGAUGAGGAAAGGUUAAGAUUGGAGAAAGAAGUUGAAGCCUUGGCUGGACAAGAGGACGGCGGUGGGGAACAACUUGAUCGUAUAUAUGAGCGUUUGGAAGCUAUGGAUGCAUCUACUGCAGAGAAGCGUGCUGCUGAGAUUUUAUAUGGUCUUGGUUUUAAUAAGAAGAUGCAGGAAAAGAAAACAAGGGACUUUUCAGGAGGAUGGCGAAUGAGAAUAGCCCUUGCACGGGCCCUAUUUAUGAAUCCAACUGUAUUGUUACUUGAUGAACCCACAAAUCAUCUUGACUUGGAAGCUUGUGUGUGGUUAGAAGAAACUUUGAAGAAAUUUGAUCGGAUUUUGGUGGUUGUUUCACACUCGCAAGAUUUUUUGAAUGGUGUCUGCACCAACAUCAUUCACAUGCAGAGUAAGAAGUUGAAGAUGUAUACUGGUAAUUAUGACCAAUAUGUUCAAACUCGUUCUGAACUUGAAGAGAACCAAAUGAAGCAGUAUAAGUGGGAGCAGGAACAGAUUGCUUCAAUGAAGGAGUAUAUUGCUCGUUUUGGACAUGGGUCAGCCAAACUGGCUCGUCAGGCACAGAGCAAAGAAAAAACAUUGGCCAAGAUGGAGAGAGGUGGUCUUACUGAGAAAGUGGCAAGGGAUAAGGUCCUUGUUUUCCGAUUCCCAGAUGUCGGGAAGCUCCCCCCACCUGUUUUGCAGUUUGUGGAAGUCGCAUUUGGCUAUACACCUGAUAACCUCAUCUAUAAGAAUCUUGAUUUUGGUGUGGACCUGGAUUCAAGGGUGGCACUGGUUGGCCCUAAUGGAGCUGGGAAGAGCACAUUGCUUAAACUUAUGAUUGGGGAGUUAGUCCCGAGUGAUGGUAUGGUUCGACGCCAUAAUCAUCUAAAAAUUGCACAGUAUCAUCAACACUUGGCUGAGAAACUGGACAUGGAAAUGUCUGCCCUUCAGUACAUGAUCAAAGAAUAUCCUGGCAAUGAGGAAGAGAAAAUGAGGGCAUCAAUUGGUAGGUUUGGUCUGACUGGUAAAGCUCAGAUAAUGCCUAUGAAGAACUUGUCAGAUGGGCAACGCAGCCGGGUGAUAUUUGCAUGGUUAGCUUUUAGGCAGCCUCACAUGCUACUGCUGGAUGAGCCAACCAACCAUUUGGAUAUUGAGACUAUUGACUCACUAGCUGAAGCUUUGAAUGAGUGGGAUGGUGGUAUGGUUCUUGUUAGCCAUGAUUUUAGGCUCAUCAACCAGGUUGCCCAUGAAAUCUGGGUAUGCGAGAACCAGGCAGUGACCAGAUGGGAGGGUGAUAUUAUGGGGUUCAAGGAGCACUUGAAACAUAAGGCGGGUUUGGGUGAGUGAAGGAAGGUGGCAGGCAUAUAGGAUUACAAGUGUAAGUGUUCCCAGGAAAGGAUGGAAUAGCAGUAGGAACACAUUUAAGAAUUUUGUUUGAGGAGGCAGCAACUUAUAAAUUAUGAGGAAAAGGAGAGGAGGAUCCACUCCACUUCAUUACUUUUCCACUCACCAGACUGUUGAUUUAGUUAGUAUCCUAUCCUUUCAUUUCUAUUUUAGUUUGAAGUAAGUACGACCUGCACUCUGCACUACCUGCCAUUGCCAUAGAGAUGAGAUUGCAACACACGGUCUGGUCAUUUGAGCUACCUUUACUUUUCUCGGUAGCAUUUCUUAUUCGUUUCACUCUUUUCUUUUGUGUUGUACUCCAAAUAUCAUAAUACUAUAAUUCUUCUUUUGUAUUGUAUGGAUUACUAGAGGACUGAACUCUCGGUUUCACCAUCUUCUCAGUUAUGUACUGUAAUUCGUCUUCUCUACUUUGUCUA